AUGGUCCGGCAACGCGUUGCAAUGUUAUGGGUUCGCCAGCAUGUUGUUACCUUUCAAGUAGACAGAAACAAGAUCACCUAUGGGAGCGUGCAAGGAAUACGUCGUUCGCCACCUCGACAGCUUAGCAAACCAAUGCGAAGAUGCGUGGCUCAAGAGUCACAAGGGCAUCCACCCCGCGUCCUAUGGAACCUCUUAAUCCUCCUUGCCACAACGAAGAAGAAGUCAAUCUUUGACUUACUUCGCUCUGAAAAUUUUUCAGAUCCCUUGUUAGGCUGUCGCCGUGCGCAGCAUAGACGUAUUUAA